AACCUAUUACACGACGACAGCUCGGAUAUUCAAUGCUCCGUUUAUUUAAUUCGUGAUUAAACGGGAACGUGUUCUUUAUUCGUCCGAGCACCUCCGUCCCCUUCCCUCUCUUUUUUCCUUCUCCCUCUCCCAUCGGAAACCCUACCUCGUGUCUCCCAACCCUCCAUCCCAUCCCCCACCACCCUUCCAUAAGAUCUUUGCUUGAUCUCCCGAGGUCCAUCGACGACGAUGGCGAGCUCCUUGGAUAUGUCUCUCGACGACCUCAUCAAGAACAACAAGAAGUCAGCCUCCGCCGCCUCCGGCGGCCGGGGGCGGGGUAGAGGGACCGGAGGCGCCGCCCGCCGGGUCCCCAACCGGGCUGGGAACCGCCUCGGGCCGUAUUCGAUGGGAAAGGCGCCCGACUCAGCGUGGCAGCACGAUAUGUAUGCGAAUCAGACGGAGGGUUCUUUGCCUCCAGCGGUGAGGGUUUCUGCUAUUGAGACAGGCACCAAGCUCUACAUCUCCAACUUGGACUUUGGUGUCUCCAAUGAGGACGUCAAGGAACUCUUUGCAGAGGUUGGUGAUCUCAAACGUUAUUCGAUCCAUUAUGAUCGGAGUGGAAGAUCAAAGGGAACGGCUGAAGUUGUCUUUUCAAGGCGGGCAGAUGCUGUAGCUGCCAUAAAGAGAUACAACAAUGUACAACUUGAUGGGAAGCCAAUGAAAAUUGAGAUUGUAGGAACAAAUAUUGCGACACCUGCUGCUGUGCCCCAGAUUACUAACGGGGCUUUUAGAAGUCUUAAUGGCCCUCCUAAAAGUGCACCUGGAAGGGGUGGCUCUACAGGAUGGCCACGAGGUGGUGGUGGCCGUGGACGGGCAAGAGGUCGUGGACGAGGUAGAGGCCGUGGUGAUCAGCUUUCUGCUUCAGAUCUUGAUGCUGACUUGGAAAAAUACCAUGCAGAGGCAAUGCAAAUCAACUGAAAGUUAUUACACCUUGGUGCUUUGCAUGUUUUGUCCACUUGGUUGGAUCUGCUCGAAAGUGGUAUAUUUCUAUAAUUGUGUGACAUUAGGGAGGGGGAUCAUGAAUCUUUAGUAUUGUUACUGGUUUGUGGGACUUUGGUUUUUACUGUUAUCUGCUCCUUUUGAUUUCAAUGUGCUACAUCUGUUAAAUGGACAACUAGUGAUUGCCGUUAUGGAUUCAUGUAGCUUAGAUAUUCUCCCAUUAGGUUUAAUGCUUGCACAAUGCAGCCAAGAAGUAAUAUGUUGGAGGUAAUCAGUUUGGAGCAAUCUGAUACAUGUGAAUCCGUAGUUUCUUCUCCUGAUUCCCAAACCAUAACAACUGAAUAUCUUUAUGUUUUGUUCUAUUUUUA